AUGACCUCAAUUCAGAACCUCUCUUCACUUGAUCCCUUCGCUGAAGAUUCAGGUUUAGGUGGAGAUUCGACCAGUGUUCAAUACUGUCAUAUCAGACUAUUUCAAAGAAGUGGACGUAAAUCGUUGACCACCAUUGAGAACAUCCCCAAGGAGGUUGAUCUCAAGAGGGUACUCAAGCAUUUCAAAAAGGUUUUUGCCUGUAAUGGUAAUAUUAUCGUAGACGAGCAAGUCGGUGAAGUUAUUCAAUUGCAAGGAGAUCACAGAAAGGAGGUCGCUCAAUUCCUCAUCGAAGAGAAGAUCGUCACCAAGAACUUCAUCAAGAUCCAUGGUUUC